CAGAUUGUGUAUUUUGAAGGUUUAUUAUGAUUAAGUUUUUCUACAAAUAGCAAUGACUAAUCGAAGUAUAAUUUUGUGUCAGUCGUAGCUGAACGACCAUUAUUAUACCUUUAACUUGAUUAUCCAUGAUGUCAUUUAUCCAAAGGCUUAGAAAAAGCCUAAAAAGUGCCCGGACUGUGGAACUUCCUGAAGAUGACAAGGCUGCAUUCUACAUGCUGAUGUCAAUGGUUAUAGGAAAUCAACACAAGUCCAUCGCAGAUCUUCUAUCGAGCUCCAAAUUUGAUGUAAAUUACUGCUGUCUACGGGCCCAUAAGACUCUCCUACACCACGCUGCCAACUGUGGAUCAUACGAGUGUCUGUGCCAGUUGUUAAAAAAGGGAUCGGAUGUGAACAUACAGGACACAUCUGGCAACACCCCUCUCCACCUUGCUGCCAGGAAUGGGCACAAGAGGUGUGUAGUGCGACUUCUUGAAAACAAGGCCAACAUAAACAUACGAAAUAAUGAAGGAUUUACAAUGAUACACUGGCUGGCAGCCAAUGGGAGGACAGAGAUUCUUGGCGAUGUGUACAGACUGAUUGGCAACAUUGACAUCGAGGAUGCUCAGGGCCAGACAGCUUUGCAUGUGGCUUCUCAGAAUGGUCAUCUUUCUAUGGUCCAAAGCCUUCUUGAUUACAAAGCCGACAUAAACAGACAGACAAACUUUGGGUGGACUCCACUUCAUUUUGCUUGCAGCCAUGGCCAGCAUGAGACGGCCAAGUGCUUGUUAGAUCGGGGUGCAGUGAUCUCGGAUGGGGAAAACCCACACCCUACAACACCAAAUAGAAGCCCCAACCUCACACCAGAUAGCCCCAGCCUUACAGCAGAAAGCAGGAGAGCGAGCGAAGCCAGGGGUCACAUGCUCACAAAGACCCCGCUUGUUCUCUGUUUCGAAGGGGGUUACAGUGAAACUUGUGAUCUACUUUUGCAAUACUGGCCAAAUGUUUACCAACAUUUCUACAGCAUAUUAACUUCCAGUAAUAUUCCUGAAAAUAAGGUGUUGAAGGUGCUUACAUACCUCUGUGUUCACCAUGGUAACCAAAUGACUGUGAAACUCCUCUCCAACAUCUCUCAGUCUGCUUUACACUUCGGACAUUCUGUGCUCAGUAUUUCUACAGACACAAAAUCUGAAGAGAGCAAUUUGUUGAGGUGUGUUCAGGUAAUGUCCAUGCUCCAGGCUGCAGUUUCAUCAACACCAAGUGCCAUUAAUGGCAAGCAGCUUGAAAAAGUGUUUGAGCCACUUAACCAAUUGUGGGAGUUGUUAAGAAACUGGAUGCUUAUGCUAGAAGUGGACUUCAAGAAUGAGGCUGAGCGAAUCGACGGAACAUGUGACAACGUUGAAAGGACACAGUCAUUACCCCCCACGAAGAUUCAUGAGGAUAAGGAAACUGAAGGAUCAAAGGUCACUAGCAAUAGGGACAAAGACUCUGGUGCAUCCUUACGCCACGCAUUGAGCAAGGCGGCGGAGAACAGUCGCGAUGUGCUGGAGGUGAUGCCGCCUCGUUUGUGCGCCGUUAUACACGCAUUUUACGUGGUAUGUUCAUCAUCAACGCAAAAAGGAGACAGUGUGUCCACAGUUUUCGAAGAAUUUGUCAAUAAAAACGGACAUGUUUUAACGUCUCUUGUUCAAAGAGAUCCCACUGUUAUAUUUGACCACUUCCAUUUUCUGCUGGACAUCCCCCAGCUGUUCUCGCAUUUUAUACCUAUUAUAAGGAAACAGCCAUUUGAAGCUCGUCGUCAAUGGUUUUACGAAAAUUUGAAAAAAGAACAGGAGAUGGAGAGUGCAGCAAGGGGAGACAAUUCAAACUCCAGCUCUCCAGAUGAGGAUGACCUACUUAUCGUUCAAAGAGACAGUUUGUUUCAGAGCAGUUGCGACCAGGUUCUACAAAUGAAUCCGGAUAGAUUGAAAAGAAACUUUAAUUUACGUUUCCAGGGAGAGGAAGGAAUGGGUCAAGGCGUGGUGAGAGAAUGGUUCAACGUGCUGUCGAAAGAAAUCCUCAAUCCCGACUACGCACUAUUUACACAGUCUGCUGAUGGCUGUACAUUUCAACCGAACAGCCAAUCAGCGGUGAACCCAGACCACUUGAACUAUUUCCGGUUUGCGGGCCAAUGUCUCGGCCUGGCCCUUUACCACCAGCAGCUCAUCAAUGCCUACUUCACACGGUCUUUCUACAAACAUAUCCUCGGUGUUCCUGUAAACUACACUGAUGUUGCGUCAAUCGACCCCGAGUAUGCGAAGAACUUGCAAUGGAUUCUGGACCACGAGAUAUGUGACCUUGGCCUUGACCUGACGUUCAGUGUGGAGACGGAUGUGUUCGGGGUCAUGGAGGAGAUGGAACUCAAACAUGGGGGCAGGGGCAUACCCGUCACAGACAACAAUAAAACCGAGUACGUUCAACUGGUGACGGAGCUACGGAUGACGAGAGGCAUCCAGCCGCAGAUUGACAGCUUCCUCGAAGGCUUUAACCUGUACAUUCCACAGAAACUCGUGCGCCUUUUCGACGAAUAUGAAUUGGAGUUGCUUCUCUCAGGAAUCCCAGAGAUCGACAUGGCGGAUUGGAAGGCAAAUACUACCUACGUGGACUGUGAUAUUGACACGCCCGUUGUACAGUGGUUUUGGGAGUCGAUGGCGGAAUUUUCUGAACAAGAGCGCGUGCUAAUGCUGCAGUUUGUCACGGGAAGUUCCAGGCUGCCGUUUGGUGGUUUUAGCAAGUUAGCUGGAGGAGGAGGCCCGCAGAAAUUUUCUAUCAGCCUUGUGCCAUACACACAUGACCUCCUACCGUCUGCCAGCACAUGCAUCAACUUUUUUAGACUACCCAACUACCCGACCAAAGAUCUCACCCGCGAAAAACUGUCUGUCGCUUUGCAAUGUGGAAGCCAGGGCUACGCGUUGGCGUAAAUGACAUUGACAAUUUCGGUUUUGAAAAGGACGAAGCAUUUUUCUAUUAACAAAAUAAUAAUAUCCAUAGAUACGUUUGCAACGGUCAUUCAAUUUCAAAGCUAGUGUCAGCUUGUUAUACAGUUUGACGAUAUUAACAACGCAUCUUUUGGAAAAGGCGAGGCUUUUUUUCUGAAAGAAACGUUGAAGAAAAGACCAUUGAAGGACAACAGCAAACUCUUUAGUAUGGCUGACUGACAGUUCUGAUUUGGGAUUUUUUCUUCGUAAUGCAAAAUACAACAUCAAAUCCUCUGGGGUUGCGGACUUUGACAGCAGCGAUGUUAAUCAGGCUGAGAAUGUUCUCUUUUGAAAAAGUCGAAGAUAACCAAAUGUUUUCACAUGGAAAUGUCACAUCCUACUUCUCACAAUCGUGAACGUUACGGAUUUACCUAUGGUUAAUGGCAAAAUUAUAUAUUAUUUUUUUCUUCAAACUUGGAGAAAUGAUUUUCGAAAUACGUUUUAUUUCAUAUUUUAAUAAUGGUAGUCGGUAACCGAUACAAUGAAAUAUUGUUAAUUGUUAUUUCUGUUUGCUCUCAGAGUAUCACUUGUUUUUAUAUUGCGUUGUUUAUUUAUAGGUUAUCAUAAUAAAAUCGAUCUGUUAAACUAUUUUCGAUAUUUAAGAAACUUUUUUCAUUAAUUUAGUUAGAAAUGAUAAUUUUGUUAUUUUAUAUAUAUUUUUGUUAUGAAUAUUGUUACUAGUAUAUUUAACAACAUUUUUCUUGUGUAAUGGCUCUAGAUUUAGUUUGUUCGUUUAUUUUAAAUAGACACUCUUUCACUGUGAUAUAUUAUUUAUCUAUGCAUAUCGAUGACUGUAUAUUUAUUCUUGUUAUGAUCGAUCUCUCGAGAAUAAAACAUUUUUUAAAUUCA